GCCGCUGGAACGCAGGGGAACGUGUUCGCCACCUCGGCCAUCAGGAGUCUCCGCUUCCUCCAGAUUCUCCGGAUGAUCCGCAUGGACCGACGCGGGGGAACCUGGAAACUCUUGGGAUCUGUGGUUUACGCUCACAGCAAGGAACUGAUCACGGCGUGGUACAUUGGCUUCCUGUGUCUGAUCCUGGCCUCGUUCCUGGUGUAUCUCGCUGAGAAGGAAGAUAACGAGAUGUUCGAGACCUACGCCGAUGCGCUCUGGUGGGGUCUGAUCACUCUGACCACCAUCGGCUACGGCGAUAAAUAUCCCAUAACCUGGAACGGACGUCUCCUGGCCGCGACCUUCACCCUGAUCGGCGUGUCGUUCUUCGCUCUGCCUGCGGGGAUUCUGGGUUCUGGGUUUGCCUUGAAAGUUCAGGAACAGCAUCGGCAGAAACAUUUCGAGAAGCGCAGGAAUCCAGCUGCCGGCUUAAUUCAGGCUGCCUGGAGGUUUUACGCCACAAACCUGAAUCGCACGGAUCUCUUUUCGACAUGGGACUAUUACGAAAGGACCGUUUCUGUGCCCAUGUACAGACUCAUCCCUCCUCUGAAUCAGCUCGAUCUGCUGAGAAACCUCAAGAGCAAAUCCGGCCUCUCCUUUAGAAAGGACGCCCAACCAGAACCCUCUCCGAGUCAGAAAGUGAGUCUGAAAGAGCGCGUGUUCUCCAGCCCGAGAAACUCCGCGAACAAAGGGAAGAACUCUCCUCAGGGCCAGCAGCCCCUGCGAUGCUCUCCUGACAACAGCAUUGAGAACAGUCCCUCCAAAGUACCCAAGAGCCUCAGCUUUGGCGACCGCAGUCGGGCCAGACAGGCCUUCCGCUUCAAAGGAGCAGCGUCCCGCCAGAACUCAGAAGUGUUCAUUGAGAUGCAAGAGGAAGAUUUGAGACACAGGAACUCUCCAGAAGCCAGCCUUCCUGGAGAAGACAUUGUUGAUGACAAUAAGAGCUGCCAUUGUGAGUUUGUCCCUCAGGAUUUAACGCCGGGACUAAAAGUUACCAUCAGGGCCGUGUGCAUCAUGAGGUUCAUGGUGUCCAAGCGAAAGUUUAAAGAGAGUCUGCGUCCGUAUGAUGUGAUGGAUGUUAUCGAGCAGUAUUCGGCCGGUCAUCUGGACAUGUUGGCACGCAUUAAAAAUCUGCAGUCCAGAGUGGAUCAGAUUGUUGGCCGAGGUCCUUCAAUCACAGACAAGGACCGACCGAAAGGAUCCGCGGAUGCAGAACUGACAGAAGAUCCCAGUAUGAUGGGACGGCUUGGGAAAGUGGAGAAACAGGUAAUGUCAAUGGAGAGGAAGCUGGAUUUCCUGGUCAACAUCUACAUCCAGCGCAUGGGCAUCCCACAGUCUGAGACGGAUGCGUACUUCGCCUCUAAAGAGCCGGACCCGGCGCCGCCGUACCACAGUCCGAUGGAGCACAUGGUGAAGAGCGGCUCCAUCACCAAAAUCAUCCGCUCCAACAGCUCAGCAGACCAGAAGAACUUCGACCCGCCGCCGUCGACCUGCAUCAACCACCACUGCCCUCCCUCUACAUCCUGGCACCUUCACAGCCGCCCCGAACCCACACAAGGAACGUCACCCACAGGUGACCCCUCGCUAGUGCGCAUCCCGCCGCCUCCUGCCCACGAGCGCUCGUCCACAGGCUCUCGCGGAGCUGGACAGCAUCACGCAUCUCGAGGUGAAAACGGACGCCCGCUGGCUCUUUCCCAGCAGCAAGCCGGAGCCGAGAGCGACACGUCCAUAUCCAUCCCCUCGGUGGACCACGAGGAACUGGAGCGCUCCUUCAGCGGCUUCAGCAUCUCGCAGUCCAAAGAGAACCUGGACUUCCAAAACAACGCCUACUUCAGCGGCGUGUCGCGCUGCAAUAAAGUCAGGCCGUACAUCGCCGAGGGCGAGUCGGACACGGACUCCGAUCUGUGCGCCCCGUCGCCACACUCCACCACCGGAGACGCCGCUUACGCAGACAGAGCAUGGUCCGGCCCGAAGUAAACCUCACGAAGCCGGGAUUCGACCAGCAUCUGGAGCCAAACACGCACUGGAAGACUGCAUUUGCGUGGUUAAGAAAACGCAUCAUCUUCCAGCUCCACGAGUGGAAAGACGAGUGGAUGCAGUGAAGAUGCAAUGGCUUCUGAUGUUUAUCCAUCAGCUCAUGUCGGGACAAGGAUGGAUUUUUUAACGUGAGAGACAACUGGGAGUGCAUUUGCGUCGUUAAAACCAUCUCAUGGAUAUCACAUCGUCAGCUGGAUAAAGCGAUCGUUCACUCAGAAAUAUCGCCAACAACGUCCUGUUAUUAUUUACUCACCCUCAAUAUUUUGAGGAAAAGUUCUAGCAUCUGUCAAGCUCCAAAAACACCAUAAAAAUAUCAUAAAGGUAUAUUUAUUUCAUUUGGCAGAUGCUUUUAUCCAAAGCGAUAAUGCAUUCAGCUAGGGCUGCACAUUAUUUUGCUCAAAAUAAUAUACAAUUAUUAAUAAUGAUUAUCACUUUAUUAAAAAAAAAUCUUUUUUUUUUUUACAUUUCAUCAGAAUUAUUGCGCUCUCACAAAACAAAACAACAUCAAAUUGAUUGGUUCCAA